CUUACGUCUGACGCAGCAGUUCCGCAUUCCUGAGCGAGCUCAGUACUUAAACGGGCUGAUGCAACGACCUCACUUAGUCCCAAAACCCCACAUCCGACUCCUGUGUCCCACACGGUCCUCCUAAUACUGCGGAUUUUUUUGGACCUACAACAGCGGCGGUGGUGGCCGGGUUGGACAUGAUGCCGGGACAGAUACCUGACCCUUCGCUGGCGGCGGGCUCCCUUCCCAGUCUGGGCCCACUGGCGGGCAUCUCGGCCACCACGCUCACCGAUCAACUCAAGCUGGCUGACUUCCGCCAGCUGGGCACCAUGCUGUCUCCGCUGCACUUCCUGGGCAGGCUGGGGAAGCGGCCGUUGGCCAUCAAGACAGAGAUGGAUGAAGAUGAAGAAAGGAGGAAACGAAGACGAGAGAAAAACAAAGUGGCUGCAGCACGAUGCCGAAACAAAAAGAAGGAACGGACUGACUUCCUUCAAAGGGAAUCGGAGCGUCUGGAAAUGGUGAACUCUGAGCUGAAAGCCCAGAUCGAGGAGCUCCGUCUGGAGAGGCAGCAGCUAAUGGUGAUGCUCAAUCUCCACCGGCCGACAUGCAUCGUGAGGACCGACAGCGUCAAAACACCUGAGAGCGAGGCCAACCCACUGCUGGAGCAGCUGUCCUCCGAAACCAAGUGAAAAAAGAGAAACCAGGGAAGUUCCUGAAGCCCAAACUAGCACCACCGUGGCUGCCGUUUAUAUGUUAACAUAACUGGCAAUACAUUUCUAAAGAAGCACUUGAGCUCCAAGCUGGAGACUUUUGGAGACUUUGCCCAAAGAUCUGAGGUUGUGGGGCUUCCUCAGUACUGCUACACGAGCUGGCUCUGUCCAUUGGAAGACUGGAAAUACCCAGGUUCAUCUCCACAUUAAGUGUUGUUGUUGAUACCCGCUGUGCCUCGUUGUUACUUCAACCAUCUCUACAAAAAAGGGACCAAUGGAAACAGUAGAGUAUGACUGGAAACAGCGCUGAGGAAACACACUAAUAUCACUAUGGUGCUCUGUUACAAAAGCCCUGCGUAGAUUGUGUGGCAUUGUUUCAGUGCAGUGUUCUGCAGUUUUCCUAAUGUAUGCUAGCUGAAAUAUACAGGUGUAGAGUUAUUAGGAUAAAAUACUCAUUACAGAUACACCAAAUGGAGUAGAGUUUUUUUUUUUUUUUUUUUUUUUUUUUUCUCAAUGUUUAUUUCUAUACCCUGCCUCGACGAUGGCAGUUACCGGUUGAUCCGAUUUGUGGUGACGCUGGCGUCAUGAAAAGCACAUAUACACAAAAUGUUUACACCCUUAUUUUUUGGACUUGUUGUCUGUCCAUUAUUGUACUUGUUUUAUACUGCUUUCUAUACAUAAACAUAUAUGAAAUGCUUGUGAAUCACUUGAUGUGAUUUGUCUUUCAGUCUUUGCAGUCUGUCUUGUUGCGCUGUCAAACAGCUGUGAAAAGGAGUAGAGGCUCCUCAGCUGAGCAGUAUUUCAGUGUCUGUUCUGCAUCUCUCUUUAUGUAUAAACUGAUAUCCUGAAUAGAUUAAAUUUUAUUUUCUAACUACAA